AAAGGUGAUCGCGAGCGAGAGUGAGAACGGUAGAAAAACUUUUCUCUGGAAUCAUGAGUUCUCCGACGCUGAGACAGAGAUCAUCCUCUAAAAAAGUGGAAAAGAAUUCGGAGACCAAGCAUAAAACGAAUCUUGAAAAUAUUUAUGCAAAGCCGUAAGUCUGAAGUUUGAGCUUUUGAAGAUGAUGACUUCAUGCUUGUGGAGUCCAAGUUGAUUCUUUCGAAUGUCGUUAAUCCAGGGUUCACACGGUUGAAGAAUCACUUCUAACCUCAACGAGCGGUUUUGAAAACUACAGAGGAAUAGUGAACUUAUGUCUCGUUCUACUGGUAAGAAAAAAAAAAGAUACAUGUAUCGCAGAUGACUUUUUGGUGAUGCAAGAAUUAUAAUAAGGCGCAUACACUGUAAAUUUUACAUAUCUGCUUAAGCUUAAAUCUUUUUCGGAUUGUUAAUCUGUCUAAAUUACCUUGUCAGGCUACUUCUGGAGAGCACAUUCGUUGAUUUUGUUAACCUCUGAUUAAUGAUUAAGUGUUCUCUUUCAUCCUGGAGACUAAAAUUGCUUUGUAAUUUGAUAAUAGACAAUAUAUUCUGCAGCAUUAGGUACAGUAAAUUAUAGACCAGCUGUAUGCUAGAUUAGUGCAAGCUCUUUUGGGCUACGUUAUGGACAGAUUAGCCUGCGAAAGCAGCUGUUUCUCCACGCUCCUCGCCGCUGGGGACGUUUCGCGAGGAGGAACGUCUGCGACUCAGCGACAGAAAUUCCAUACUGAUGACGUAAAAUCUGUCCAAAAUCAAGUCAGAAGCACUGAUUGGACGAUGGAGUAGUUACAUUGUUUUGGCUAUUGUUCAGGAACAACAGUCAAAAGACAUUUUAAGGCCACAAAGGUCAAAUGUAAACGUGAUAAGUUCAUAAUAAAACAGUCAAUAUUUGUGGAAUAUAUUCUUCUCUGGAAGAAGCAUUUGGGUUUUGCUGGAGCUCAUUCUCAGAUGAACACAAUACUUUACCAAAAUCGACUAAGAGAAAUUGAACAAAUUUGCAUUUGGAACCUAAUGACUACCAGAUUUAUUACGUAAACAUUGAUUUACAUCGUCAGUAUGGAAUUUCUGUUACUGAGUCGCAGACAUUUCCUCCUCGCAAAAAGUUCCCAUUGGCAAAGAGCGAGGAGAAACAGCUGUUUUUGCAGGCUAUGGACAGAUUUUCAAACCCGUUUUGUAUUAGAGGACCUCUAUAAUGUCUUAAAAGUCUGUGAAGAGUGUGAAUCAGACACAUGUAGCUUCAGACAUUUUAAUAAUAUAUUCAUUUGAUGUUUUAUAUGCUUCUGCUUGAUUUUCCAUAUUUAUAGUAGACUUACAAGAGAUAUUAGACAUCUUGUAGUAUAAUGUGUUAGACGGUCUGUAAUAUAUUAGCCUGUAACACAGACAAAGCUAAACUCUGGUUAAGUCCGUCUGCAAAACAGCGCCGAAAUCAUUGUUCUGGGCCCCCACCCGUGUAGCAGGAUUUGAGUAUGCACCUGUUAGGAAGGCCAUUGUUGAUUUGCCAAUCAGGUUAAAAGGAUAUUCGAAAUGCACAUGGGGUAAUUCAUUGAGUCUGUUGGGGGCGCAGAACAAGGAUAUCAGCGUUGCUUCAUAGGCAUUUUUAACCAGGUUCGAAUUAGGUCUGCAAUGCAGGCUGGUAGUACAGUAGAACCCCGGAAACUCAAACUCUGAAGGUCAAUGAAAAACAAUUCAAGUUAGUGGCGAAUUUGAGUUAUCGGGGUAAAAUUCAGUGAUUUCAACACUUGAUUCUAGUUUACUUUCAGCCAAUUUUCAUAUAAAUUAGCAGUGGUCAUAUAAAAAAAAAAUUGGAUCCACAGUAAGGAUUCUGUCUUCAAGGUAUUAAUCACUGUGGUUUAAAUUUCACAUGGGACUCUGUUUUUCUUGAAUCUCAGUUGGACCAUUUGAAAAGUUCAUUAAUUUGUGCAUUAGAAGUAUUUUUAAUAAUUUUGUGGGGAGUGAAUGUGGUACAAUAAUAUUUUAUGCUUGGGUAAAAUGUUAUUUUCCUUUCUUUCAAUUUCAUUAUCAUUUACCCUUCCUUUCCAAAGGGAAAUUCACAUAAUAUUUGAACCAAUGAUCAAGCUGGGCCACAUCCACAGUUCCUCUCAAAAGGGAUAAUGUAGCGGUUAUUUCAAGUUAUAGGUGACUGUUUUUUUUCUUUUAAUUUCAGAUUUUGUCAAAUUUUCGAGUGGCUUUGGACAAUUUACUCAAGUAAGUUUGUUUGUUAUUUCCCCCUUUUAAUUUUUGUUUUCUCACGUUUGCUAAGCAUUUUUCAGAGUUAUCAUAUUAAGUGCAUAUGCAUCAUUAUGGUAAUUCUCUAAAAUAGAUAAAGUAAUAUGAUGCUUCUUGCAUGUUCCAUUAUGUAUUUAGAUAUGGGUUGCUUAUUGACCCUUUACAAGUAGCCACAAUAUUUUUGGAAGAUCCUUACCGAUGGCCUUCAACUUCACUGGUGAUUUGUAAGUCUAAAAAGUUUUCUUUUCUUGGUGUCUAGAAAACUUGCAUAAUUGACAGAGCUAUUAGCUUUCUAUGUUUUGUAUUCAAUGUUAUAUUGUUAAGGACUACAUGUACCUAAAUGCCUUUUAUAUUAUAUUUUUGUAGUUUCAAAUGUUUUCAUACAGUUCUCAUUUUGGGUGGAAAAGCUGUUAGCCAAAGUGAGUAUGGGUACAUGUUAUUGUUUGCUGCCCUAUAUAUACCUUAUAAAUUACACUUCCAUGUGUAGGCUGAGUCAAUAAACUCAUACUAAAAUUAUGCACAUAAUUAUUGUUUUUGGGAUAACACAUAUAAAGCCAUUGACAGCAGUACUGUGACUAUGAUUAUUGUAAAGUAAAUGUCUGUAAAGAAUAGCACUUAUAAUACAUAAAUUAUUCCAGUUUCCAUGACUUGUGCGAGCGAUUUCCCUUGGCUCUUUAAGCUUACCGGCCUAUAGUCAACCUACAUGAUUUUACCCUAUCAUGCUCAGCUGAAACUGAAGUUACACAACCCUCCAAGUUAAAGUUUUUGCUUGGUCGCCACAUGGCCACCAACUCUUUUGGUUUAGGAAGACUUUUUUACAAAUCAAGUCACCAGCUCCAACAUUUUGGGCACCACGGCGACCAAAAUGGUCGCAAGUUGGAGGGUUGUUACAGUAACCAUACCAGUUAGAGUAUAUUAUAUCCAAGUGCAAUAAGUAGUACAUGUAUACAUGCUGUUCACCAACAGCACCCCACCUUCUCCACUCAUCCUAUUUAUACCCAAAUAACAGAGUUGGCAGGUCAUGUCCCCACCCACUAGACUCCUGAUGGACCAUGCUCAAGUAUUGUUUUUUUCACGGGUGCAGUGGAACCUCAAUUUAAUGAACUUCUGUAUAACAAAGUCCUCGGUAUUACAAAUGAUAUCCCCGCAGCCCCAGUAAUAGUAAAAUAUUUGGAAAAGAACGUCAAUGUAACAGAACCUCCUUAUAGUGAACAUAUUAGGCUGAUUUAGCAACAGGACGGGAACGUCAGUUGACGACGGGAAAGUGCGCGGAAAGGACUAAACACGACUUCCGGUGCCCAAUUUGCCGCUCUGCCAUUGGUCAAGCCAGUUGUCUGAUAUGCGCGCGCCGUCGUCAACUGACGUUCCCAUUCUGUUGCUAAAUCAGCCUAUUUUGUUUUUCCCCUGGCCCUUUGGGUGAGUCUUGUUCGCUUUCAUGUAAACAAAGCUCAUGCUUUGAAAACGAAAAUGCUCGCUUCUGGGCUGUUGAUAGUCCAUUUGAACUUGCUUUUUAGAAGUGAAGGCGAGAUGUAUAUAUGUAAAAGCGAUGAAAAAGUGAACAACAACGAAACAACUCAUACUAGAAACAACUGCAUUUAUAUUGCUCGUGCACAGCAGUGUACAGCCGUAAUUCCUUUGAUUUUCCAGAUUAGCCAAAGGAUCGUUAAUACUAACAAUGCUCAUGUCAUUUAAAGGCAAAACAUAAGCAUUCACUAUCAUUGGCUCACCUGCAAUAAAUUAACCUUUUAAAAGUUAGUAAAGUGAUGUCACAAAAGACCACAGUUUAUUGUAAGAUUUUAAAACUACACUUUUAUAUUCUUUUUUAAAGGGCAAAAUAUCUGAGACGCUGGGAAAAUAUUUGCACAUUUUCAAUUUACUCUGUACCCUGGUUGUACCUUGCACUGUUGUCUUAACUUAUCAACCACCGCCAUGUAAGUGCCUUGAUUGAAUACCAGUGUACUUUUAAAUAAUACUUUUAAUUAAUAUGCCAGACUUGAACUAUAUAUUUAACCUGUAUACGAUAAUUAUCAGCACAGUCAAAAUGUUUUACAUUUAAGGCAGAAUAACCAAACAUGAAUGUGGCAAUUUUGGUUGUUAGUAGUUGGGCCUAAUCGUUGAGUUAGAAGGCAAAUAUUUCACUGCAAGCGCUAUCAGCAAAAUUGCUGGCCAUGCCGGCCCAUUCACUCUCUGGUCACUAAGUACAGGAUGGCCUCUCACCAGGAGGCUGCUUAAUUGAGGUUUGACCAUAAUUUUGGAUUCAGAAUUCGCUUCAGUCUUUAAUUUGGAUCGGAAAUGGCAAAGAGAAAAAGUCUUAAGACUGCACUGAAUGUGAGCAUACAACAACUACAUGUAUGCAAAAAAAAAAUCAUUUUUAAGUUUUAUUAUUCACUGAACUCACUCUGUCUCCAUAUUGGCUAAGAGCCUGCAGUAAAUUUUGGAAAUCAUUGCAGCCUACAGAUUAGUCAGCUAGCUGCUAGCAGAUAACUGACCAAUAUGUGGGUUGCGCGCACGAAUGCAUCGUUUCCAAGAGCAAUGUCAAACUGUGUUCGGUGCGACGGAAUGUUUUCGUUAUUUUAUUCUAAGCAGUGUGUAUAAUAAAACAAUUACUAGUUUCGGUUUUUGCGUUAUGUGGAAUAAUUAAGGUCGAGAUAAGUGUUGUAAGCCAAAGCGUUGAUUAUUCCGGGUAUCGCAACAACCGACAAUCAUCCAAUAAUGUUUGUUUUUAUUAUAUGGAGGAGAGUGUUUUACUGGGAACUAAACCACUCGUAGAUUCCAUACGCCACUUCAUCCGGGACCCGAGUGGCGUAUUUUCCGUAUGUCACCUUUGUGAGUGUCGUAUCGUUCAGUGACGUCACGAUUCCCGCCUUUUGCUUUUGUUGAACUGGUUUCUCCAAAUAAUACAAGACACGCCUGAGAUACCCCUCCCUUCCUUUUGAUAGUCUCCCCUACCCCACCCGUACAAUCCGUAGAGGCGUACGUACGUACGUACGUACGCUCGGUCAAUCACGUGACAACCAAAGGAAAAGAGGUUAACCAUAAUCUAUGGGUAUGGGGCUCUGUCCCGCGCGCGUGGGAGCCCCGCUAAAAAGAACAUUACACGUUGGCUCGAAGAUAUGAAUUUUAUGUUCUUGCCACGAGAACAUAAAAUUCAUAUCUUCGAGCCACCGUGUAAUAUCCUCUAUAUAACUCUUCAUUCUGGUGUGUUGUUUGUAGGGGCAGCACAUUUUGCAGUCUCGUGGUACACGGUUGUGUGGUUAAAGCUAAUAAGUUAUAUCAGUGUCAACAUGUGGAACAGGUUGGGAUUAGUCAACAGCCUAAGCAAAAGUGGUGAGUACAGAAUUUUAAAUCGUAGGAAACUAUUGUAUACCUUUAAAAUGUUGUAUAGCCAGCUCUCGCCUUCGGAACUUCCUGCUAAUACCUACGGCAGCGGAAGCCUCGGCAAAAAUCACAGACCGCCUUUUUCUGAAAUAUUAGUCUCGUUGUUACAGACUUUUAACUAUUUACGGUCGUUUCGCCUACAAGUCGUUUCGCCAACAUGAUAGGUCAGUUUCCCAAUUUCUUUAACAUUAUCAAUGGCUCAAAGAACGAGUUAUACAUAUGUAUUGGACUUUUACUUGUCAUAACUAAAAAACGAGCUAUAUACAUGCGUAGCGACCGUUUUGUUUCGUAAAGCGUUUGUGAACGGGACGUUAGCGAAAUUACAUGUACGCAUUGGUGAAACGACCGUUCACCGUUUUAAGUCUCCUUGUUACGGAUUCAACAUUAAGACACAACGGAAAAAAAUCAGCUGUUUUUUUGUCGUCUUAUUUGCCUUUGUGGGUCGGAUUUACCAUUCUCUUGUGGCGCAUUAACUAAAAUUGCUGUAAAUGUCAGUACCUUUUCAUCAAGAGAGGAUAAAGCUGUCUUGAUUUCAUGUAACUGUCACCCCACUUGGUAUCCGGUCGUUUCGCCGGACAGUGAUCGCAGGUUACCCGACGGCAGUUCGCCGUUUUUUCUUUCUUUCUUUCUUUCUUUCUUUCUUGUUUUUUACUGUUAAUUGUUUCUUUGCUCAUUCAAGAUGCAGAUGGUAAAAAUGAUGUCUCGAAGAAGUCACACAUUAACCUAGUGAAGUACCCUGACAAUUUAAACCAGAAAGGUGAGAGCCACAAUUGAUUUCUCUUGUAAACCGCGAGGCGCAAACCAGUCUAAGCAGUGGAUAGCAGCGUUAUCUACCUUUUGAACAAAUGGAGCCUGGAGGAAAUGGCGGAUGGUGUCUCACAAAUAUGCAAAGAUGAAAUCUCUGAACUACUGCCCCCUUGGAGAGUGUUAUCCACCGAGGUUGGACCCUCUUCGACCUGCAUAAUUUUAUUCCUCGUAUCACACUUAGCCUCAUCCUAUAAUUGAUAAUUAUUAAUUUCUGUUACUCUGUCUGUUUCAGAUCUCUAUUAUUUCAUGGUAGCUCCCACUCUGUGCUACGAACUUAAUUUUCCCAGGAAUGAUAGAAUACGAAAGAGAUUCCUCAUGAGAAGGAUAGCAGAGUUUGUAAGCCUCUUUUUAUCAUCGUUUCAAAAAUUUAUUUAAUAUUCAGUAGUCAUAAUUAUACUCCAGUUAAAUGCAUGAAUUUAAUAGCGCGUAAGGGCCUUUUUCCCCCGCGGUAAAAUUCAUCGAAAUGAAAAGUAAGGGAGGGAUUUGAAUAGGAUUUGAUGCUGUUUUAAAUGAUACAAGACUUGCGUAUGAUUUUUUAUUGCAGUUCUUCCUUCUUGGAAUUAUCGUUGGAUUAGUUCAACAGGUAAUUUGUAAUAAUGAUAAUGAUAUUGAUAAUAUCUUUAUUACAAAACCUCAAUUAAAAUCCUAUUUACAAUCAACUUGCUGUUACAGAAGAUCUAAUUAAUUCAUCAAAACACUAUCUACAAUUCCUUCAUUAGAGAACAAAAACAAUCCUAUAUAUAAUAAGUGAAGAAAGAAAAAACUAUUCAUUUACAAAUUCUAAAAAAUAGAAGCAACUUAACCUUACAUAAAAGAAGAGGAAAUAGAUAUAAUUAAUAAUAAAAGUUCAAAAUUCUAUAAAAUUAAGAAUUCCAUUAUGCAGAGAUAUUAAGAUCAUACAAUCGAAUUAUACUAAUGACGGCUAAACCAGUGUCCAUAAAAAGCCCUAAGUAAAAGCAUAUAGACACGUAUUUCAGAUAUCCGCACUAGCGGCAUUCAUUUUACAGUCUAAUGAUUGCUCUAUCUUGCUACGAAACGGCGUUCGCGAACCUCUGACGCAUGCAUGUACCGAUCUUAAGAGUUCAAACGAGAUCUGUGUCCUGAGCCAAGUGAUAACAACAUGAUAAGGCUCGGUGUCUUUCUGAGCUAUCUUGUCUGCAAGAUGCUUUAAGAAACGCUGACACUCGUUUCCCAUUCCGCCAUUGGUUCCAAACACUAAAGGCGUAAACGAACCCAUUUCUACAUCUAACACCCGCUGCUGGUACUUGCGCUUCUUCUCUUCUUCUUGCUCUUUGAACACUUCCGAUGUUGGCUUGCUCUGGUAACACUUCGAGUUGACGUGCGUAACUCUAACAUCAAAAAAUGCCGUAACUCCUCUUGCCCAGAAACCUCCCGCUUUGAUGUCCAACCUUGCCUCAGAACUUGUAACAGCGCUCCUCAGAUGAAAUCGCUCGUUGUCCAGGGGUUGAAGGCGUGGUUCGAUUUCGACAUUAUUGCAGAUCUUGUCGAUGAAUGUCGUUAACAAGUUCCGUACACCGUCAUGUCUCUGCGCUACAAACGCCCCCUUUUUACAAGAGAGGGCGUGACUAACGGUGAAUUUAUCCCCACAUAUGCAAUGACUUUUUAUUUUUAUUUUUAUUUAUUUUUAUUUUUAUUUUAUUUUUAUUUUAUUUUAUUUUAUUUUAUUUUAUAAUCACACUUGGCAUUCACUUACAAUACAGCUACACGGUACUUACUUACAACAAGACUACAAAAUUUACUUACGUUACAGCUUUACUACUUACUUGUUUGCUACUUACUUACAUUAAAAUACCUAAAACUAGUUUACAACAAACAAAAGGACUACUAAAGACAAUAAAUAAAUGAAAAGAAAAGAAAAGAAAAGAGAAGAGAAGAAAGAAAAAAAAAAGGCGACUCCUCUGCCUAAAACGGUUUUUAGCAAGAACUACUUGAGAUAACAUUGACAACAAUUGCUAAUAUUAAUAAGAAAUCAUAAAUAUGCAUAAUUAGAUGAUUAAUAAGAUGAUUAAUAAACAGUGCGGAAAGAUAUGUGAAAUAGAUACUUUAAUUAAGAAAUAUUGGCGGUAUGUCUAGCUCUCAAUUGCACUUUGGCCUUGGUUCAUUUAUAGAAAAUGGAUACAUAGGAGAGCUUUUAUUUUACCAAAAGCUAUGUAAUGUUGAGAAGUGGACGUAAAGGAUUCCAUUUCUUAGAAGUUGCAUCAAUGUUGUUGGACUCUGUGUAAAACUGCGAUUUAAGGGACAUAAGAAAAGUUGUUAAAUUCGGAAUUUUCUGGUUGACCCUGCAGCUCCAUAUAUAAUAUCUUGCCAGGAGAAAGCAGAAAUUUAGUUGAAGUGCAAACUUGGAGGUGUCUGGUUUCAGGCCCAGAUAUACAGCAGUGUAUUUUGGAUAAUCUAUCGUUAUUAGAUUGAUCUGCUUUAGUUUUUCAGUCAAAUUUUCCCAAAAGGUGGCUACUAUUGUACAGUUCCAGAAGAGGUGGAUUAGGUUUUCGGGAUGGAUGGUACAGAAAGAGCAGUUCGGGUCCUGCUUUAUAUCGAUUUUUGUUAGGAAAAGGUUCGUUGGUAAAAUUCGGUGAAGGAAUCUAAAUUGAAAGUUUACAAGUUUUGUGCUUUUUGUGCACCUAACUGCCAGACAAUAGGCGCUGGUCCAGUCAGCAGAGCAUCUUUGGUCGGAUUUAAUGCUGUCAUUCCAUUUCUCUUGGCUCUUAAACGGUACAGUGCUUUUUGGAAGAGAGGAGCUUCUGGUAUACAACUCUGUUCACUUUAUCGUUCUUGAAAAAAGUCUCGGAGAAGGUCUCGGGGCAGGUAUUGGGAAUGUCUGUGCUACUAGGUUCUUUACUAAGAAAGUUAGUGUUAUAAUGGUGUCGAAGGGCAGAAAUUAAGCCGAAGUACUUUAUGGGUUGUAUUUGUAUUUUGUAAGUGCUGAUAAAAUCUGCUAGGGGGAGAAAAUUCCGCGAGUCUGUCAUUAAGUGGGCUACCUUAGUGAUUCCAUGCAGGAAAAGAUGUUUGUAGAAGACCGGUCUGUUUUCGAUCCUAAUCAGCGAAUUAUGCCAUAUAUGUUGUUCAAGGAAUUGCUGCUCGGUUUUGAUGUUAGCAUCAAAAUUAAUUUCUGACCAUAUUUCUAAAAUUUCUUGUAGAAAUGGGUCUUGGACCGAUAUCGACUUUGAAAUGUCACGUUUGUGUAAAUUACAUGUGAAGACUAGUUUGCCGCCGUACUUCUUAAGUUCUACUUCAAAAAAGCAUUUCCAUUUUCCGCAGUUAGAGUCGUCGAGGUAUUUUUUGAUCCAAACAGUCUUGAGCGAUUUGGUAAAUGAAGCGAUGUCAAUCAUUUUUAACCCUCCAUUGUUAUAGUCGUUUGUCAUGACACUUCGCUUAAUCUUAUCGCACUUAUUGUUCCAAAGAAAGCUGAAGAAAAGAUCGUUUAUUUCUUUGAUAAUUUUAUGAUUUGUCGGCAGCGGAGCUAAAAUAUACGUAAGUUGAGAUGCCGCUAAGCUUUUAAUAACUUGGAUUUUGCCGAGUAACGAUUUAGCCGCCUAUAUUUCCAAUUGCUUAAUAUGUUUUUAAUUUUGUCCGCUUUUUCCCUAUAGUUUAAGCUUAAUGUGAUAUCAGGAUAGGUAGAAAGCCAAACGCCAAGGACCUUAACUUUGUUUUCUGGCCAUUUAAAAUUCUUCUCGGGAAGAAGUUUUUCCUUAUUUCCUGCCAUUGAUCCAAUCCAUAGAGCUUCAGUCUUUUUACUGUUGAGUCUGAGACCAGACAUACUACUAAAAGUCUCGAUCAUCUUAAGUGUGGCGGAUAAUGAAUCUCUAGUACCGUUAAGAAUGAAAGUUGUGUCAUCUGCAUACUGGCUAAUUUUAAUUUCUGAGUUGUUUACAGAUAUUCCUUUAAUAUUCUUGUUCGAUCUGGUUGCUUUAUAUGCAAUGACUUGGUAAAUCGACUAAGGGCAAGUCAUAACGCAAGCGUAGCGAGUCUCUGAACUCUUGCUUGUUGAGGGCUAAACCUUUGUCUGCGAGAGGCAUCGCAUUCAGCCAAGAACUUGCGCCCUUGUCCCUCGAUUGAUUAACCAGACGCAGCAGGCCUGGGGAGAGGCUUGAAUCAAUGCUAUCCAUUUUCUCUUUGGCACUUGUUCUCUUAAGUGAUUGUUGAUGCCUCUUUAGCUCAUCCGUAGAUCUUUCUCCUGGCACCAUGAUGGAACUCUGUGAAGUAAUAGAAUCUACGUGCGCGGUGGUUAUUAGUCUCGAGGCAGCAAACUGCUGCGGUGCCUCGGAUUUCAGAUCAGGAAUGCCUAGACCCCCUUGACCUGUUGCUAAGGUAACAAGUCUGCGCACCUCGUUAGGGAGAAGCUCUGAUUGACCGAACAAAGUUGAGAGUAGUAAAUCUUCAAUCACUUCCUGGAUUGGAUCGACAUAAACUUCAAACGAUUCAAUCGUGCGCAUGAAGUAGGUGAACUUCGACUUGUAGCCUUUUGUGAAAGCAAUAUACGUCGCAUGGGGCUGGCUCUUCGCUAUUUCAGAGAGACGUUCGAUUUCCUCUUUCCAUGCACGAACCUUCUCCUCACAAUACUGAUCUUUGUAUUCUUGCGACGCAAUAACUGCUCCCAGAUGGCGCUGACCUUCAGUCGUUAUGUUGACUUCCUCUCCAAACACCCUCUUUGCUUCCUCCGCGAGUUCCCUAGACUUCACAAUAAGCCAGCUCUUUGUCCCUUCACAAGGUAACCAAACUUUUGACCUUCCUUACUCAAUUGCCUGUACCAGUUGUAUAACUGCACUAUACUCCCUCCUCCAGCUGAGUCGUCUGCAAGCCACACCUGUUUAACCAAUGGGCAAUGAUCCCUCAAAUUCUGUAUCAUUAUGGAUGUAUUAAGUGCGUACCAUGGCAUCGCUAGCGGAUCUCCUAGUGUGGUGCCUUCUCGAGAAAGUAUUUCACCUCCCCCACAAAUAAACAGUCUAGAUGGGCUUCUAUAUGUGUUAAUAACAUAGAGCGCCAUUUCUUUGCACAUGAUCUGGAUAUUGUGUAAGGCCGCUGACCUAUUCAUUUGGUUAAAAGCGUUACUAGCAUCAAUUAGCAAUAUUCCAUCUGUUCCUUCUUCAAAAAACACUUGACUCAUUGCAUGGAUCGCAGCCUCCGCUCCUGCAUUAUGACCAGCGCAAACUUGUAGGGGACCCGCCGCUUCUUUUAUUUCCUCCUUUAAGAAACCGCUGACCGUUUUCCCCACUAUUCUUCUUAGUACCUCUCCAACACCAAUUGGUCUGAUUCCCGGGUUCUUGUCAAGCGGGAUAAGCCUGCAGGACGUAAAGGCUUCAAGUAAGGAUGGGUGGUACGAUUUCCUUAGCAGAUUUCUUGUGAACACGGCUAGCUCUUCUCUCAAUAUUUUGCCCUCGGUCUUGAAAUUCUUAGAGCACAGGAUUCUCUUAUACAGCUCUGCGUCCAUUCCAGAUGGUCCGGCUGAGCCCUUGGUUUUACUUGCCGAGUUGUAGAUCGAUUCUUCGUCUAUGAGGUCAUAAACAUUUGGCGGAUUAUAAUCAAUUGGGCCAUGUAACAAACUCUCCUCUGCGAUAUCAGCUGCCUGUGGGUGCUUGUCCUGUAGCCCUUGCAGGACAUCUGGCGAUAGGUCGAGCAGACCGGACGAGCUCUCGUUAUCUAGGAGUUUCAUUGCAGCUGUCAAUUUUCCUUGCAGAACCAGCUUUGAGAAGGCUUUGGAUAUGUCUUCAACCUUUCUAGGUUUCUUGGAAUUCACAAAUUUCCCUUGAAAGAAUCUCUCUUCUUUAAGCAGCAAAUCAAUGUCCCCUUGUUUCCAGAGUGCUAAUCGACGCUCUAUAAUAUUAAUAGUAAUAAUAAUAAUAAUAAUAAUAAUAAUAAUAAUAAUAAUAAUAAUAAAUGUUUAGAGGCUGAGUUAGAGAACGGGGGUUUGGAAUUAUGCAUUGGCCACGUGAUUAUACAUAUCAUUAUAAAAUAUCAUUCAUAUUUUUAACUUAUUUGCUCCUUAUUGGUAUUAUUUUGUAGUGGAUAGUUCCUACCGUGAAUAACUCCCUUAAAACUCU